AUGCGACAACUGAAUAAUCGAGACCAGGAACAGCAGACUAACACGGAUGAUUCGCCUGCCACGUAUAUCCCACGAACGCUUGUUAUUGGAGCAUUUCUGGCAAUAUUUCUUGGUCAAGUUGGCAUCAACGUUUUGCAGGUCCUGCGAACUGGGCGACGUCAAAGGAGACAAGCAAUGGAAUUACAAUUCCCGCAGCCUAUUCCUCCACAACCACGAACCCAAAAUUGGGGAACGGAGAGAAAUAAUGGAGCUCAGGCUGUGCCAGAUGAUGGAGAGGGUACCCAAGUCACUGAUUCCAGACCUGCUGCUGGAUGA